AGCUGUCAUAUCUCGAUCUGAGGACUGAAAGUAAGCUGCGAAAACGAUUUAGUACUGCCAAGCAAGUAAUCCCCCGAUGAAGGUAACGCGCGCCCGGCGGUAAACUAUAAGCACGACCGGUAAAAUCCAUGAAGCUGUACUUGUCAUUGACCAGGUAGCAUGCAAAUAACACUACCUGAGCGCAGUAGAGCGACCCGCCCAACAAUGCACAAGUCUGCUGGCAGCCGGCGUGUCAGCGCGCUGCUGGCAGCAUCUGUGCUCAUAAUACAAGUGUUGGGCCUGCUGGCGCAGCCUGGACAAGAUAAGAAGUCUUUCGAGGGUGAACUCACCUAUGUUGACUACCACGAUGGCACUGGCGACUGGGCUCUGCUAGACAAGGCCGUGCGCAAGUUCGAGCCUCUGGGCAAGGGCAAGAAGCCGCCCAAGAAGGACAAGAACAACAAGGACCUGCAGCCCGGCCCAGGGGAGGCUCUCUGGCCUCCCCUGGCCCGGCCAGUACAUGACCAUUCAGACGCGCAAUCGGCACACUGUGACUGCCAGUGGUCAGCAUCGCUGGCUGAGGGCUGCACGGUGGACCCCACCACGGGCCAGUGCUCCUUCAUCGACAGCGCCGAUGUGACGGUGCUCAAGCCCGCCUAUAUCCCGCCCGCUACGAAUGUGCGCCAGAGCCUGUUGGUGGUGAUUGUGGACGCGCCCGCCUGCGGGGCCGCUGCCGCGAGUGGCGCCACCGUCAGCAACCUGCAGAGCCUGUACUUUGGUCCGAACCUGGAUGGCAAGGGCGGUUGGGCGGUGCGCCUUGAGAACUGCAGCUAUGGCGAGGUGGUGUGGGAGCCCCCCACCAGCGGCCUGACCCAGUUCGUCACCGUCACGCCCAGUUGCUCAUGGCCCACUGCCACCUGCGACGCAUACGCCAUGUCAAAUGCAGCCAAUGCCGCGGCCCGCGCCAAGCUGGGCGACCUUGUCUUUUACGACUUCACACAUUUCCACCUGGUCAUGGCCGUGCCGUCCGCCUGCUCCUGGGCCGGUCUCGCGACCCUGGGGGGCGGCGUGGGCGGCGGCGGCCAGGUCUGGCUCAACACCAACACCUGGACGCAGACGUUUGGGACCUUCCAGGUCCCUCUUCAGGAGUCGAUCCACAACUUUGUCCUGUACCACGGCUUUGCCUCGGGCAUCGAAUACCAGGACAAAACCACGUUUAUGGGCACCGGCCAGGCCUGCCCCUCGGUUACAGAGAAGCGCUGGCUGGGCUGGGCCUCCCCUAUUACAGGUGCUGACAGUCUGGACGAGUUCGCCCUUACACCCAGCGCUGCAUCCGGUCCCUUCAACCUGCCCGCGUCCUGGACCACCGGCCUGGGCAACCACGUGCGUGUGAAGCCCACAUGGGCGUCUUGGUACAACAACACAAACUAUGGCAUGAACUUGUAUUUCGAGUUCAGGCAGGCGAUGCUGGGCGAUGCCAGCAUGGAUGUCACCUACGCCAACAAGGUGGUUGUGCACGAGAUAUUGUCCUACAUGGACAACGACCAGGUCACCUACCGCUCCUCCGACCCGCGCUCCAACUACAUAACCAAUGUGGCGCCCAACACCCGCACUGUGCUGAGCUCCCCCUCCCUGGGUGUGCCUUACAGCCUUGUGCUUUACGUGGGCGCGCAGUUUGGCUCUCAAAGCGAGUUUGUGCCCAUGUACAUCUGCCGCUUCAUCACAGCCGACACUGAGUGCGACACGUUGGCCAACGUCCUUGCCAACGCGCCCAAGAGCUCGCCGCCGCCUCCCCGCCCGCUGACUCCUCCCUCGCCGCCCUCACCACCGCCGCCCGGUGCCUCACCGCCGCUGCCGCCCACAAAGCCUCCGUCGCCGUCGCCCCCAUCGCCCCGGCCCCCUUCCCCCCGCCCACCGUCGCCCUCUCCUCCCAAGCCGCCGGCACCCAAGCCGCCGUCGCCACGCCCGCCCAACCCCUCGCCUCCCCCCAAGAACCAGAAGAGCCCCAGCGCCAAGCCUGGAGAGCGCGCCCCGCCUUUGCCUCCAGUGCGCACCCGGCCACGCCGCCGUUCGCCGCCGCCCAGCCGCCACCCUCGCACGCGCUCUAGCGAUGCUGCCGACGUGCCUGCCCCUGCUAGCAGCGCCCGCCGUUAAUGGAUGCGUAGGGGCUGCUGCAUCUGUAUCGCAUUCAUGGCGGCUUCACAGCUCGUCAGCGCGCGUAGCCCGUAAAGGUGUAGCGCUCGCUUCGCACAGCCGCCAGGUCAGCCAGGGAAGGCUGACGAUGUGAUGACCACAUACAUUAUGGGGUACGGUAUGGGUUUGUUCAUUCAUCGUACAGGUGGGGUUUACUGUAGUCGCGUUUCUGCGGGAUUGCCAGUACAAGCGAUCCUGUGCAUGUGUGUGCCUGUUGGCUACAGCUUAUGUUUAUCAGAUGAAAGCAGAUGACGAAGAGACGCAGGAGCAUUCAUACAUGUGCGGCAGAUGGAGUGGCUUUUGCGUGUGCACUGCUGCUGUCGCAGAGCAGGUCUGAAGAAGUACAUAUUUUCCAUUCAUCCUCUUGGGGGCACACAUUGCGUAUGCCUGGCAGUCUGGUAUAUGGCACCUGCUCCCCCCUGUGUCCCCCUUCUUGAUAGACAAUUAGCUUCCCUGCCAUUGAGCCUGAGAUGGCACCUUGCUUCCCGUGAGGUGUAAACAGGUGGCAGUGUUGGUCUGUGUUUGUUUUACAACGGGGGCCGACGGGCUGCCAGGAACGGGGCAUACCAGCGGUCUCCUGGGCGCAACCAGCGGCACCGUUUCAAUCGCGAAGCUCUUCGCGGCUCAUGCAUGGAUGUGGCCGCAGGUGUGGUCUUGCUCGGGGUUUAAUGUUGCACGUGUGGGCGCUUCCGGAAUGGGGCAGCAGCCCAACGCCACUUGGGGCACGAGACAGGUGCUGGAUUGGAGUGAAUAAGUGUGAAGCCGUGGCGGUCGGGGCGGAAACACAUCAUGGGCGGCUAGCUUAAUGAGUACGGUGUGCCCCCGCUUGUCGGACUGUCCCUUCAAUUGUAAUUCGCAUCCUUAAUGAGCAGGGGCACCCCUGUUGAUGAGGGUAAAGUUGACUCAGACAAAUAGACCAUGUCCCCGUUCGAAAUGUGUUAAUUGUGAGCCAGGCUAGUGACGUUAACCCAGUACUGCAAGGAUGCCUGAGCUAGUGUGCGAUCUUGCCCUUGCUUGGGCCGCGUGUAUCCUGUGUGGAUUACGUAGGUCACCGGGGCGCUUCAACUCGUCAGCAUCAUACACAACAGUGCGUUUCAGUCGGGGCCCUUGGUCUCACGCGCGCACGACUGGGCGUGGGUAAGAAGGCUACCAUGCCUGUUGGCUACCAAAUUUCACGGCAUGAGCACGUGUUUCACAUUUUACAGGUAUGCUGCUCGGGGAAAGGAUGGAACUAUGGGUCGAUUGCGCGAAGAUGCGGCGCAAGGCCCAGGGCAGUGCAAGGUUCCGGCCUUGCCAUGGGCAGGUGGAUGCCGAGGUUGCGCUGCCAGAUGGAGCGUGCCUGUGGUGUGGAGUGCAGACAGGCUGUGCCAUCAGGAAAGCAUGUUGAGCCGAUCAUAUUGUUGUGGACGCGGAUGGAUGCAGGUGUCAUGUACUCAUGUGUGGGUAAAAGCGUUGACUUGGUGGGAUCAGAACCCAUUGGCGUGCGCCACGCAUGCACAUAGUGUGGACGAAUGCGGCAGUCCAAGAGCACCACCCUC